ACUUGAUCCUGGCUCUAGCUUCGAGGAUGUAGCACCACAGCUCGCGGACAAGGAUUUCCACGCGUCAUGUUUUUGUAAACAGCUGGUGAAUUCAUGAAGAUAACCCAGGGGAUGUACAGGAUCCACACACGCUGGCCCCGUCGGCACGGUAACUUGGGACCGAGGCAGGGCUCUCCUUCCAGCUGCCGCACGAGCUAACGCCAGAUCUUGUCACCUUUUCUCCCGAUGCCGAGAGGCGUGUGGUGACAUAUCUGCCGCCACUGCAGCUGAAUUACUGUGAAGAUUGCCUUUCCUCCGGCCUCCUGACGAAGUGAUUCUGUCAACAUCAUAUAUAUCAUCCCAGAAAGUGCGGUCAGACACAGAAGUCAAGAUGUCCAUCACCAACACGCCUACCAGCAACGAUGCCUGCCUGAGCAUUGUGCACAGCCUCAUGUGCCACAGACAGGGGGGAGAAAGUGAGACAUUUGCCAAGCGGGCCAUCGAGAGCCUGGUGAAGAAAUUGAAGGAAAAAAAAGACGAGCUUGACUCCCUCAUCACAGCUAUCACCACCAACGGCGCUCAUCCCAGCAAGUGUGUGACCAUUCAGAGGACGCUGGAUGGACGACUGCAGGUGGCUGGGCGUAAAGGGUUCCCUCAUGUAAUCUAUGCCCGUCUGUGGCGGUGGCCGGACCUGCAUAAGAAUGAACUGAAGCACGUCAAAUACUGCCAGUUUGCCUUUGACCUCAAGUGUGACAAUGUGUGUGUCAACCCCUAUCACUAUGAGAGGGUGGUGUCUCCUGGCAUAGGUGAGCACGGAGCGAUUUUCAACCUAUCAGGACUGACACUGACCAGUUCUGGUCCCAGCUCGGCCCUGAUGGUUAAGGACGAGUAUGAUUUUGAUGGGCCGCAGAGUCUGCCCUCAAUUGACGGAGGGCACUCCCUCCAGACCAUCCAGCACCCUCCAUCUGCCGGCUGCCCGCCCCCCUCUGAACCGUUUGAGAGCCCAAACCUGCUCCCGGCUGCCGAGGCCUCCACCUCGGCCUCAACAUCCUCCUUCCCUGCCAUUGCUGCUGGACCAGGCGGUGCCAGUGCAACCUGGUCAAGGAACAACAACUUCACAUCCAACAUCCCCCAUCACACCAACGGCCAUCUACAGCAUCACCCUCCUAUCCAACAGCCCACACACUACUGGCCGGUGCAUAAUGAGCUUGCCUUUCAGCCUCCUAUAUCCAAUCAUCCAGCUCCUGACUACUGGUGCUCCAUCGCCUACUUUGAGAUGGACGUUCAGGUCGGGGAGACAUUCAAGGUGCCCGCCACCUGCCCCACCGUGACUGUGGACGGCUAUGUGGACCCCUCAGGAGGAGACCGGUUCUGCUUGGGCCAGCUCAGCAACGUACAUCGCACUGAGGCUAUCGAGAGAGCGCGGCUGCACAUUGGGAAAGGGGUUCAGCUGGAGUGUAAGGGCGAGGGGGACGUGUGGGUGCGAUGCCUCAGUGACCACGCAGUGUUUGUUCAGAGCUACUACCUGGACAGAGAGGCGGGCCGAGCCCCUGGAGAUGCCGUUCACAAAAUCUACCCCAGCGCUUACAUCAAGGUGUUUGACCUCCGGCAGUGCCACAGGCAGAUGCAGCAGCAGGCUGCUACAGCUCAAGCAGCGGCUGCAGCCCAAGCGGCCGCCGUGGCCGGGAAUAUACCUGGACCUGGAUCAGUUGGAGGAAUCGCUCCGGCUAUCAGUCUAUCAGCAGCAGCCGGCAUCGGGGUCGACGACCUCCGGAGGCUGUGUAUUCUCAGGAUGAGUUUUGUUAAGGGCUGGGGGCCCGACUACCCCCGCCAGAGCAUCAAGGAGACCCCCUGCUGGAUCGAGAUCCACCUGCACAGAGCUCUACAGCUACUGGACGAGGUUCUGCACACGAUGCCCAUAGCGGACCCACAGCCUCUGGACUGAGUGUCGCACACAGUGGCAAUGCCUUGUGGACAACGUCUUCCUCAGUGAACUGUUGAGUGGAGAAGCCAGUGAGCUGUGACACUGACGCUGUCUCACAUGGACAAAAGAAAGACGAAAAGGGACAACUUUCAGGUGUGUUUGCGGCACCUCGGUGCACUGUGGCUCCGACUUUUGUUUCUUCUUCUUUUUUUCUUCUUUUUUUAAGCAAGAGUGACACUCAAAUGAGCCAAAGUCAGAUAUCAAAGAUAUGUUUAUCUUUUAUUUUCGAUAGCUGGCUUUGUUUUGUGAUUACUGGAAUGAUCAACUCUCGGACCAGAAAGAGAGCUCGCCGAUAACCUUCGUUACAAAACACCACGACAUGCACAUGGAUGACCUGCAGACGCCAUGAAACCGGAAUGUCCAGCGGCGACUCGGUCUCCAACCGCCGCCGACUACCGGCAGACGUCACACUCGGUAAACCAUGAAAGAACGUCUCCGUGUUGUGCCGCUGUGGCAUGAGGCGGCUCUCCAGGUGCUGCUGGUUUCUGUAUCUGCUACACACCUGGCAUGACGAGCAAGUUCGGCCAACUGUCGACACGCUGCUGGUCGCUGCCUCUCGGGUGAUGUAAAGGGUUGAGGGCCACCCGGCUCGGAUCGGGUGGUACCAGACGCCCGCAGUCAUCCACCUAUCACAGUGAAGGAAACGACAAGCGUCGUGAUCGAAGCCGCCUCAGAGCUGACACGAGUAAAUUAACUCUUCUCGGUAUGGGGCUGGACCUUAAAACUGGUUGAGGGCCUGGUGGGUGUCCAUUGAUGAACCCCCAUCCCUCCCUCCAUCUCAAUCUAACAAGAUUAUGGAGCAAAGCAAGAUCCCCAGCUGAGGUUUUGGACACGAGCCUUUUUGUCCAUCGUGACAGAGUUGAACCGCCCACUGAUGAUACCGUACGUCUGUUUUUACUGACUUCCUGUGAUUUUAUGUCAUUUUUUCGGUCUCUCAAAUACGGUGAUGACAAGAUGCUCAUUCAGCAUUGGUCACUUUCCACCAUGGUCGCCUCCCACCUGUUUAAGAAAGACUUUUAUCCGGCCAUAAAGGAUGAAGCUCCUACACGUCUGCAAACUCCUCGCAUUUUUUCACUUUCACACAGCAGAAGAAAGAAGACAGACGGUUGUUAUCGGACGUCUUGAGACGUAAUCGCAGUACAAGGAAUAGGUUUUGGCAACUUUUGGCUAAACAAAGUAGUAAUUACGCCCAAAUAUACUGGAAGUCCAGUGUGAUCAUGAGUCCCAGUCAGCUGCUGGACUUUGCCCCAAUCACAUUUAUUUGGGAUUAUUUUCAUUUGUUUAGAUUUUUAUCUGCAAGCAUACCCGACUCCUCACACAUGUUGGGAACCAUUGGACUGAAACAUCUUAUGACUUGCAGCCCACGUACACACCACCUGAUCAAGGUCUCUUGUGUGGAGUUUACUGAUAAAGACACGGACAUUUAAGACGGUCUCCCUGCAAUAUUGAGAUAUUUUCUUGGUUUUAUUUUUUGUUUCUUUUAUUAAUUGAUUUGUAUUCUAUUUGUAGCACUUUAAUUUUUUUCUCCCUCGUUUUUAAUUCAAUAACCCUACUUUUGAGGUGGCUGUCCUACAAUACAGAAAGGGAGAGAAUAGCUUGAUUUUUAUAUAUUUUAUGUAGGAUUGUGAGCAACUUCUUGAAACAUUUGUAACACUAAUACAUUUGCUUUAGCCCUUUCUAUAUAUAUAUAUAUAUAUAUAUAUAUAUAUGAAAGGGAGCAUUCACACCGAUUUUGGAGGGUUUCUUUUUUAAUUUGCAGUUUUCUUUUCUUUUUAAAUCAAUGUAAAUAACAUCUUUUAAAAAACAAUUUUUUCAUGCAUGUCAGUGUUUGCAUGAAUUUGAAUGGCAAAUGGACCCUUUUUUUUAAAAAAAAAUUUUUAUAUACAGUCACUUCACAAACUGGAUUAUCUGAGGUGAGUUGAAACCGGCACCUGCUAGAGGUAAAUGGUGGGAAGCUACAGUCGUAGCUGAUGGAAAUAAUAUCAAAUUUAAUCUCCCCUAGUUUUGCUGCCCAGCUCUUUAAAGAAGGCAACUUGUCUCUCGAGGGGACAUUUUAUACACUAACGGCGUUGGUUAUGUAUGCGGCUUCUCUUUGACAGUAGAACGUGUUCACGCAUACCAUAUCUCACUGGUGAAGGUAGAUUGACACAGGAAAUCAGAUUUCUGCACGAGUCGCCCUCGUCUCCACCGCACAUUUAAUUUGCUCGCCACAUGUUGAGACUCUUCUGUUCAUACUUGUUUUUUUGCACCAAACUGCUAUACAAUAUAUUAUUUCUGAUCAUCUGUUCAUGAAAAUAUUUGUUUUUUUUAUGUGUGUUUUUGUUUUUCAAUGUAAUGCUAUUUUGCAGAUGAACAAGACAAAUUGGUUCCUCUGAGGUUAAGUUGAAAUGUGGGUGUCGGUGGCGUCACAAGAAGUGAUCCACUUUGCUAUCUCUCUCUCUCCUCUGGUCCAUCUUUCCUUAUUUCACCCUUUUUUUUUUUUUAAGCCUCCAUCAGGUAUCAGUCAAACUCAAUUAUGCAUCUGAUUGAUCCGACGGUAGGAGACAGGACAUUUCAUUAUGUAACUGAAAGAACUGAUGCUGAAUUCUGUUUAUGUUCUGCAGUGCUUUCAGGUGGACAGAUGUUUUUAGAAUACUUGCAGUUCUAGGAGCCUAUAAAGACGCGGCUCGAAUGAGUUGAUGUUGACUACUUUGACAGAUUGCAGAUGUACAAUUGACCUGUAUUUCUUAUGUGAAUCUUGAAUUAAACAUGGCCUGAUAUUCUCUAA